AUGUCGGCUCCGACGUCGUCUUCCCCGGCCGAUGCGCCUGCUUUAACUGGUAAAACUAGGUCUUUUAAAGAUGUAGUUUCCGGUGGCUCCUCUUCGUCUUUACCGAAAGUUAAAUUUGUGCAUUCGACUUUUAAAGGCUGCCCGGCUCUGUUAUUUGAGGAUGUCGUUGUGAAUCAGCUUGCAGCUCCUUUUUCUUUCACCCUUGUCGGGAAGUUUAUGCUCCGGAGGCCUAAUCUGGAUGUUAUUAGAAAAUUUUUCUUUAGUCUGAAAUUGUCUGGUUCGUUUACUGUCGGCUUGCUUGAUCCUAAACAUGUCGUUGUUCAGUUGUCUAACGAUCUCGACUAUAGCCGAAUUUUUUCUCGUCGCUCAUAUUAUAUUCAGGGAUGCCAAAUGAGGCUCCUCAAGUGGUCUAUGGAUUUUGAUGUCAGGGAAGAAUCUCCCAUAGCUCCUGUGUGGUUAGCUUUCCCUAAUCUGCGAUUACAUUUUUUUAAUUCCCAUAUCUUGUUUGGUCUUGCUUCUGUGUUUGGUCGGCCAUUGCAGACUGAUCAAGCCACUGCCUCUCUCUCGAGGCCGUCCGUGGCUAGAAUUUUAGUUGAAUUGGAUGUUACUAAAAAACAUCCGAAAGAAAUUUGGUUAGGAUCGGAGAACAAUGGCUAUUUUCAAAAGGUUGAAAUUGAAAAUUUACCCAUUUUUUGCUCACAUUGUAGAAUGCAUGGUCAUGGGAUAAAUGAAUGCUUUAGAUUACACCCUAAUUUACGCAAGGAGAAAGUUGUUCCUAAUGUUAAGGCCGGUAAGGAAAAUGAGGUGACUAAUGUGCAUCAGGUCAAUGAGGGUCCUAUUCUUGUUCAUGGUGAUGAAAGUGGUAAUACUAAGGGGGAUACUUCUGCGGAUCCGAUUAAUACUAAACCUGUUAUUAAUAAUCAGGAGCCGGUGCAUUCUAAUAUUGAAGGUAUAAAUGAACAGGCUUCCUUGGGUCCUGUUAAUGUUGCGGAUGACAGUGCGUUAGAUCAUCAUAAAUGGGAUAAUGCUGAUAUAGUGAAAA